AACGCUAACCAAUCCAGCCAAUCAGUGCGCAGGGGGCGGGGUUUAGCGUGAACGCGGAUAUUGUAGAAGCUAUUCAAAAUGGCGGCGCCCACAGAUCGUGACACAUGCGAGUGUAAACCUGACAUGGCAGCUGUUAAAUCGGUUUCCUCGUCUUUGCCUCUUGCUCUCCGGAUUGUAGCGGAGUGUCCUGUAACCAAGGCGCGGGCGUGUGUGCUCACACUUCCCCACGGCAGCGUUAACACGCCGGUGUUCAUGCCGGUCGGCACGCAGGGCACCAUGAAGGGAAUCACUGCGCAGCAGCUGGAACAGCUGGACUGUCAAAUCUGUCUCGGAAACACGUACCACUUGGGCAUGAGGCCGGGUCCUGAGCUGAUCGAGAAAGCCAACGGCCUGCACGGAUUCAUGAACUGGAAGCGAAACCUCCUGACGGACAGCGGAGGUUUUCAAAUGGUGUCUCUAGUGGAGCUGUCCAAGGUGACGGAGGAGGGAGUUCUGUUCCGCUCGCCGUACGACGGAAAGGAGAUCCUGCUCACCCCCGAGCAGUCUGUCGGCAUACAGAACAGCCUCGGCUCGGACAUCAUGAUGCAGCUUGACGAUGUGGUCAGUAGCACCGUAACUGGGCCGAGGGUGGAGGAAGCCAUGCACCGCUCGGUGCGCUGGCUCGACCGCUGCAUCGCCGCCAAUCAAAACCCACACCGACAAAACCUGUUCGCCAUCAUUCAGGGAGGCCUUAACGCCGAGCUACGGAGGGCGUGUUUGGAUGAGAUGACAAAGAGGGACGUUCCCGGCUUUGCCAUCGGUGGUUUGAGUGGUGGAGAGGAGAAGGACGAUUUCUGGAAGAUGGUGACCCUCAGUACAGACCACCUGCCCAGAGAGAAGCCUCGCUACCUGAUGGGCGUCGGCUACGCCGUGGACCUGGUGGUGUGUGUGGCUCUGGGCUGCGACAUGUUUGACUGCGUUUUCCCCACACGCACAGCUAGGUUCGGCUCGGCGCUGGUCCCCUGGGGGUCCCUGCAGAUCAAACAGAAACAGUACGCUAAGGAUUUCCAGCCCCUGGACCCCGAGUGCGAGUGUCCCACAUGUAAGAGACACAGUCGAGCGUAUCUGCACGCGCUGUUUAAGAGCGACACGGCCGCCAUGCACCACAUCACCAUUCACAACAUCUCCUACCAGCUGACUCUGAUGCGUUCGGUGAGGCAGAGCAUCGUCGAGCAGCGCUUUCCCGAGUUUGUGCAGAGCUUCAUGAGGAGGAUGUUCCCCAACGAUGAGACGUACCCCAGCUGGGUUGUGGACGCUCUCGCGUCCGUCAACAUCACUCUAAACCGAUGAGACGUUCUUCAGGAGUUGAACGAUGGAAGAUUUAUGGAUGGAAGUGUGUCAGCUUUAUUUUUAAUAUUGGAACUCGUCUCUUUUGACACAGAUGUUUUUAAAUCAAUCUACUUGAACUUUUACAUCUGUCCAGAUGUUCAGUUUGGUCUUAUUUCCGUGACCUCAAGCCGUAUUUUUUUUUAGCCAGUAAACUCAACACUUGGGUUCUUUUCUAUUAUCCUCAGUGCUGUAUUUAUUUUCCCAGAACAUACUGUUUAUCUCUCCUGCUGUUGUGUGUAUCUUGUAUUAUAUAAUUCCUUUUUUUUUUUUCAAAGUAUCUUUGAAAGCUUCUUUACACUUCUCAUGAAUUGCAUGUUUAAUCCCAUGACGUUAGGAGGAUUAAUGAUUUAUACAAAUCAGAGCUGAUCUGGAGAAACACAUGAUUAAUAUUCUGCUGUACCUGGAUUGACCGCCAGAGGGCAGCAUAAACAACAGUGUCUGGUUUAGUGACUGCUUCCUCAAACACAUCCGGCUCUAUUAUAUGACAGACGUCAUAAUGUCAUUAAUAUUUUUUUCUUUCACAUAUUUUCUAUUCAUUAAUCUUUUGAAUUUUCAAGUCAUCGUUUUAGGAUUUUUUUGAACUAUAAAACGGAGUUUUUUAUUCUCUAUAAACAUGUUAUUUAACAUUAAACAUGUAAUCAGAGUUCAGGGGUUUUAUCUUGCUGUGAGUUUUAUACAAUAAAGAAAUUGUGAAAGAAGUUUUUUUUUCAAGCAG